AUGGACACAGCACGGAUUGCAGUCGUUGGAGCAGGUGUGAUAGGGCUUUCCACUGCCGUAUGCAUUUCCAAACUGGUUCCUGGAUGCUCCAUCACCAUCAUCUCAGACAAAUUUACUCCAGAUACCACCAGUGAUGUGGCCGCCGGGAUGCUUAUUCCUCAUAUUUAUCCAGACACACCCAUCCAUACACUGAAGCGGUGGUUUAAAGACACCUUUGAUCACCUGUAUGCAAUUGCCUGUUCUGCGGAAGCUGCAGAUGCUGGUGUUCAUCUGGUGUCAGGGUAA